CUGUCCCUGCCUCUCCUUGUGGAGCGAGAGCCUCAGAGGCAGCGGCAUUCUCCCUAGGCACGUGGGGGUGGAGACUCCCCUCAACAGCUCUGACCAUGAGGACUCUCCGCAGGUUGAAGUUCAUGAGUUCGCCCAGCCUCAGUGAUCUGGGCAAGAGAGAGCAGGCAGCCUUGGAUGAGAGAGGGGCCCAGCAGCGCCAGGCCUGCUCCAACGCCACUUGGAACAGCAUCCACAAUGGAGUGAUUGCUGUGUUCCAAAGGAAAGGCCUUCCAGAUCACCAGCUGUUCCACCUGAACGAGGGUGUCAGGCAGCUGCUGAAAACCGAGCUGGGCUCUUUCUUUACCGAAUAUCUGCAGAAUCAGCUCCUAACCAAAGGCAUGGUGAUUCUCCGGGACAAGAUUCGAUUCUACGAAGAAUUACAGAAGGAGGAAGAGGAAGCCACCACAUUAGGAGCGCCAAGGAUGUCGCUUGCGCCCAUCCCAGCCUGUGAAGACUCAACACUGGGCAUGGACCAUCCGUACUAUGAUGUGGCCAGGCAUGGAAUCCUCCAGUUAGCAGGGGAUGACAACUCAGGAAGACGAGUAAUCACCUUCAGCUGCUGCCGAAUGCCCCCCUCUCACGAGCUCAACCACAGCCGCCUCCUGGGGUACCUGAAGUAUACCCUUGACCAGUAUGUAGAGAAUGACUACACCAUCAUCUACUUCCACUAUGGACUGACCAGCAGAAACAAGCCGUCUUUGAGCUGGCUUCAAAGCGCCUACAAAGAAUUCGGCCGGAAGUACAAGAAAAACCUGAAAGCCCUUUAUGUUGUGCAUCCUACCAGCUUCAUCAAGAUCCUGUGGACCAUUUUCAAGCCCCUCAUCAGCCACAAGUUUGGGAAAAAGGUGACAUAUUUCAACUACUUAAGUGAGUUAAGGGCACAUCUCAAGUAUGACCAGCUGAUGAUCCCUCCAGAGGUUAUUCGGCAUGAUGAAAAGCUGCAGAAUAUGAAGCUGGGCCGCCCACCGCCCUUGGUGAAGACACCGCCACCCCGCCCUCCACUGCCCACACAACAGUUUGGUGUUAGCCUGAAAUACAUCAAAGACAAAAACAAAGGUGAGCUCAUCCCGCCAGUCAUGAAGGAGACGGUGACCUACCUGAAGGACAAAGGCCUCCGCUCUGAGGGCCUUUUCCGUCGGUCAGCCAAUGUUCAGACUAUCAAAGAGAUCCAGAGACUGUAUAACCAAGGAAAGCCUGUGAAUUUCGAUGACUAUGGUGAUAUCCACAUCCCAGCUGUCAUCCUGAAGACAUUCCUUCGAGAGCUGCCACAGCCACUGCUGACCUUCGAAGCAUAUGAGCAGAUUCUGGCCAUCACCAGUGUAGAGAGCAGCCUGCGGGUGACCCGUUGCAAGGAGAUUGUCAGGGGCCUUCCAGAGCAUAAUUAUGCUGUUCUCAAAUACCUCAUGAGCUUCCUGCACAUGGUAUCCCAGGAGUGCAUCUUUAACAAAAUGACAGGCUCCAACCUGGCCUGUGUCUUUGGGCUGAACUUAAUCCGGCCAUCCAAUGGACCCUCGUCCCUCAAUGCCCUGGUGCCUCUCAACCUGUUCACAGAAUUGAUGAUUGAUUUCUAUGAGAACAUCUUCAGCUCUCAGGUGGUGCCUUGUGGGACCUCACCAUAGGCUACAGGAGGAAAUAGUUGGAUUCAGUGGUUUCUAAGCUCCCUUCUAGCUCCAUUAUGAUGGUCUGAAUUUAAAGGCUCUUCCCAUCUCUGAGGUUCUCUGUUCUAGGUCUUGUGUUCUCUGUUUUAAGCCCUGCCCCCAGCUCUGACAUCCCAUGUUCUAGGGACCCACUCAAUUUUAACAUUCUAUGUUAGAUGUUCUAACAUUCCUCCCAGUUCUGAUGUUACAUACAUCUGUAGAACAUCAUGUCUUCUCCCAGGCAAACUAUCAUCUGAGCCUUGUUGAAGUAGCUGCAUUAUGUCCCUAUUCACAUCCCAUUCACACCACAAGACCAGCCAUAUUGGAAAAUUUAUUUGAAGGUUGGGACACAUUUACAUAUGUUGCUGUACUCAUUUUCCCUUUGGGGAACUGUAUAUAAUCACGUCAGCUUUCUGUCUGUCUGAAAAAAACCAAUCACCAAAGGUAUUAAAUGUCUUAAGGAUUUA